AUGCAGCGAUACAAAUUUAAUAAACGCGUGCAAGGCGAAACCGAAUCAGUUGACCAAUAUGUUACGGAACUACGGCUUUUGGCGAAAAACUGUCGUUUUGGAGAAUUACAAGAAGAGUUAAUUCGGGAUCGAAUCAUUUGUGGCAUAAAAGCGAACAGACUUCAAGCUCGAAUGCUUCGAGAAGACGAUUUAACUUUAGACAAAGCCAUUAGCAUAUGUAAAGCAGACGAAGAAUCGCGUAAACAACUUAAAGGCCUAACGAAAGACGACAGUUUUAAAGUAAGUUCAGUAAAGAAGAGUUCAAGAAAAGGGAAUAAUGAAGGCAGACCAGCGAAUUUUGGGCGAGAAAAACAGAAGAUAUCCUCGGGCGGCUUGGGCGAAGUAAUAAAAUUUAGCAAAUGCAGGCGAGACCAUCCAAGCAAGCAAUGUCCAGCAUAUGGCAAAGUCUGUCAUGCAUGCCGAAAACUAAAUCACUUGGCGAAGUAUUUCCGCUCAAGGAAAGUACAUGGAAUUGAGCAAAUGCAUACAGAUCCGGAUAUUCUAUUUGUUGGAACGGUUGAUAAGAAACACGAACAGUCGACUAAAACAGAAUUGACGAAAGACGAGAGAUUUAUAACUCUAGAGGUUAACGAAACACCGAUCAAGUUUAAAGUUGACACAGGAUCUCAAGCGAACAUAAUUCCCUUGUCGAUGUACAGAGAAUUGAAAGGGCCUAAAGGACCGGUUCAGGCAUCAAGGACCUCAUUGACAAGUUACACUGGAGAUAAGCUUAAUCUUGUUGGCAAUUCACGUUGA